GUAAAAAAAUUAUGGGGCACGUAAACAGUUCUAAUGUAUAUAUAUUUUUAGGUUGCCUAUUAUGUUUUACUAAUUUGCAUGAGAACACCUUCUCUGUAAUGAGCAGUAGCUGAAAUUCUAUUUAAAGAGACCAUCAUGCUAAUGAGGUCAGCCUUAUGGUUAACACCUGCAAGUGAUUAAAAAGUCAAUAAUAAAUGGGAAACGAAAAAAAAACCCCAAAAAAAAACCCCCAACAACUUGCUAAACUCGCUUGAGAAGAUUUGGAGGCCAUGGUAAGCCAAUCCCGUCUCAUUAGCAGGGCUUUGUCUUAUGUCGCGUUGCCAGUGCAGUGAGAAUAAUGAACUCAAGAGAGAUGACCUCUCAGCAGCACAGGGACAUGGAUCAGAGGAGGGGCAUGUGACUAGUUAAGACUCGCAGGCUAUGCGGACUCACAGCCGCCAGCUGCAGCUCUCUUCACAUGGGUGCCUAAAGCAGCUGCUCACAGACAGAAUGCUGUUGUUAGCCUGCAACGCAAGUACUGGGCAACAAGGAGGAAUACUAAUGUGGAUCUGACCACUUCUACGGAUUUGUCAGCACUGGCAGAGAUGUUCUUCUGCUUGAAGAACAUGACCAUUCAAUUCUGACAGGCAUUUUCUGAGAACAUGGGCUCAUCAGUACUGGGGAAAGCUGCCACACUGGAUCAGCUACUGAAAGCUUGCAUUGACGGCUUUGGUGAAAACGGAGAGCUCAGCAACGGCCAGUUACAACGCACAGUGUUGCUAAUGCAUCGCUGGUACCUCACGUCGACUGAACUGGCAGGGAAACUCCUUUUAAUGUACCGGGACUGUGCUGACGAAGACUGUGACAAAACUAGACUCCAGAUCUGCUACUUUAUGAGGUACUGGAUUGUACAGUUCCCUGCGGAGUUCAACCUGGACUUGGGUUUGAUACGGCUAACGGAAGAAUUUCGGGAAGUAGCUGGUCAGCUGGGCUAUGACGAACACAUUAAGCUCAUUGAUAUUUCAAGCAUCCCAUCAUAUGACUGGAUGAGAAGGGUAACUCAAAGGAAAAAACAAUCCAAAAAAGGCAAAGCGUCUCUUCUCUUUGAUCACCUGAAGCCAAUUGAACUUGCAGAACAUUUGACAUACUUGGAGUACAAGUCAUUUAGAAGAAUAUCAUUUACAGAUUACCAAAGCUAUGUAAUCCAUGGCUGUCUGGUGGACAACCCCACACUGGAACGCUCCAUUGCCCUCUUCAAUGGGGUUUCUCAGUGGGUUCAGCUCAUGGUGCUCAGCAAACCUACGCCAUAUCAAAGGGCAGAGGUCAUAACCAAAUUUAUCAAUGUGGCACAGAAUCUACUAAAGCUGCAAAACUUCAACACACUGAUGGCUGUCGUGGGGGGCUUAAGUCACAGUUCUAUCUCACGCCUGAAAGACACUCAUUCUCAUCUCUCAGCAGAAGUCUCUAAGUCCUGGAGUGAAAUGACAGAGCUGGUUUCCUCUAGUGGAAAUUAUUGCAACUAUCGAAAGACUUUUGCUGAAUGUGAAGGGUUUAAAAUUCCCAUCCUGGGAGUGCACUUGAAGGACCUGAUUGCUGUUCAUGUAGUCUUCCCUGACUGGAUUGAUGAGAGCAAAGUGAAUAUUGUAAAAAUGCAACAACUUUAUGUUACCUUCAAUGAGCUAGUAUCACUACAAAACACCGCUGUCCAAGAGGAGCCUAACAUGGACUUAAUACACUUGUUAACACUUUCAUUAGACCUGUAUUAUACUGAAGAUGAAAUUUAUGAACUUUCAUUACUUCGGGAGCCUCGCAAUCCCAAAUCCUUGCCUACCUCCCCCACAUCACCAAACAAACCAGUUGUUUCUCUGGACUGGGCAACUGGUGUUGCUCCUAAACCUGACCCAACAGUCAUCAGCAAGCACAUAAGAAAAGUAGUUGAUUCUGUGUUUAGGAACUAUGACCAUGACCAUGAUGGUUAUAUCUCACAGGAAGACUUUGAGAGCAUCACAGCCAACUUUCCUUUCUUGGACUCUUUCUGUGUUUUGGACAAGGACCAGGAUGGUCUCAUCAGCAAGGAUGAAAUGAUAGCUUACUUUCUGAGAGCAAAUUCUCAGCUGCAGUGCAAGAUGGGACCCGGCUUUGUCCACAAUUUCCAAGAGGUGUCAUAUCUGAAGCCCACGUUCUGUGAACACUGUGCUGGAUUUCUGUGGGGUAUAAUCAAACAAGGAUACAAGUGCAAAGACUGUGGAGUAAACUGCCAUAAGCAAUGCAGAGAUUUGUUGGUGCUGGCAUGUCGAAAACUGUCCAGAGGCACUUCCUUGGGGAACGUAUCUCCUACCGCUUGCACUCAUGGAUCACUUCCCAGCAGCCCAUCAGUUCCACCCUGUAAUGCCCCAGACAACGUGUUUGAAUUCCCUGGUGUCACACCCGACAAUCAGGAUCUUGACAACAGAUCAAUCACUCUUAUGACUGGCUCCGCACGUAAGAUCUCGGUGAGACUUCAGAGGACAACCACCAGCCAGGCCACGCAGACAGAGCCUUUAUGGCAUGAACACAGCUGGGGGACAGGGGACUGUGGCUCACACACCUUUCCUAAGAUGAGGUACAAACUUCACAGCAAGAAUAAGGGCUUUGCAAGUUGGGAGAAUGACAAGCCACCUUUACAUGCCAGGACUGACCUGGAGCUGCGAAUUCCUGCCAUCAGUGUAGAGAUGCAGAAUGGGAUGCACAUUGAAGAGGAAAAACAAGAGUCCGCUGAGGACAGCUGAACAACUGCCAUCAAAAAUAAGAAGAGGCAACAAUGAGACUUCAUGGGCUGUUAACGAGCCUUUGGACUGAAGGAGACGUGAGUGGAAAUGAAGACUGCAGCCGCUGGAUGCCACAACUUCCCAUGAGAAGUUGAAGGUCAGCUGGAAGUAACACACCUCAGAAAUGUUCAUCAACUGUAUCGUACGUAUGUCACUAUGAUCUCGAGGAAGAGAUGGUAAAAUCUUUACACAAAUCAUUUUCAUAAGAGAUGAAGAGCAAAUAAGAAAAAAAAAAGUAUUUUAAAAACAUCUGUCAAGUCUUGUUCAAAGGGAUACUGAAUUACCCUGAAGCAAAAAAAAAAAACCCGAAGGGAUCAUGUUUAUCGUGUUGGCUUGUUUUCAAGACGUUCACUGGUCUCAAGAACACCCGUUGGGUGUCCUUUAGAGUUUAUAGAGUAAUGGUACCACUUGUCACAAUCCCUGGAGUCGGACAGAUUGUCAUGGUUGAAUACGUAAGACUUGGACUUACUACUUGCCUGAGGUGGCACCCUUGACUCCAUUUUCCCCACCUUCACAUAAUUGUGUGUCGCAGAAACGUUUAGUGACUCAACUGCCUUAAAUAUGCAAGGGACCAGAAAUGCACUCCUCUCUGUCCUCAAUCUCCGAUCACUUCAGGAUUCUCUGCAAUGUCAGCCUGGCCUCUACGGUAAACUGGAGACCUCGCUCGCUGAACGGAGGCAGCGAGAGUACGUGAUCGGCCGUGUAAUGGACCGGGUCACUCGGAAUGAACACGUGGGAAUUGGGUAUCAAACUGGAAAAAUGGAGGACUUGGAGAAAGCCAAAGAAUCACAGCCGUUUUCAACUUACCUCGAUAUGAGCUGGACACCUACAUGCCAUUACAUAGCGGACACCUCAGUUGUUUUAGUUUCGUUUUAUUUAUUUCAUGUUUUUUUGUUGGUAAACCUACCCCAGUGGUUACACAUCUAGGAGUCAUGCCUUCUGCGAGCUGUGAUCUGCCCCAGUCUUUAUGGAACCCUUGAUUUCCAAGAACACUCGUGGAGGACAAACAAGCAGCACAUCCCUUUGUGACAAAGACACCACAGCUAGGGUGCAAAUGCAUGGCGACAUUUACUCCUAGUGUGGAAUUUAUUUUCAACUCUCUGUUAGCUGUAAAAAAUGGAGGAUCGGUUCAUUCAAAGGUUUGAUUUUUUUUUUUUACCAGUCUCCAUUUUGCCUGUCCCUAGAUACAUAAAUAAAUGUGAUUAU